AUGUCCAGGGAGUGCAGGCAGGCCAGCCAGAUGAGUGGGGUGUGGGUGCACCCAGGCCAGAUCCUCAUCUGGGCUGUCUGGGUCCUUGCAGCUGCCACCGAGGGUGAGAUACCUGGUGGGAGAGGAGGGCUCUCAGAAGGGCCAGCCGGAGAUGCGCCCGUGAGGAUCACCCGGCUGGGAUGGGUCCGGGGCAAGCAAGCCACUGUGCUGGGGAGCUCCAUGCCUGUGAAUGUGUUCCUCGGGGUCCCCUUUGCUGCACCCCCCCUAGGACCUCUGCGAUUUGCGAACCCAAAGCCUGCAAUGCCCUGGAGUGACUUCCGAAACGCCACAUCCUACCCUAAUUUGUGCCUCCAGAACCCAGAGUGGCUGCUCUCAGAUCAAUACUUUCUCAAGGUGCAUUACCCCAAAUUCGAAGUGUCGGAGGACUGCUUGUACCUUAACAUCUACGCGCCGGCCAGUGCGGACAGCGGCUCCAGGCUCCCGGUCAUGGUGUGGCUCCCGGGGGGCGCCUUCCAGACUGGCUCAGCCUCCAUCUUCGAUGGGUCCGCCCUGGCAGCCUAUGAGGACGUGCUGGUUGUGACUACCCAGUACCGGCUCGGAAUGUUUGGCUUCUUCAACACAGGGGACCAGCACGCUCCAGGGAACUGGGCCUUCAUGGACCAGCUGGCUGCCCUGACCUGGGUCCAGGAGAACAUCCAGUUCUUUGGUGGAGACCCACGCUCUGUGACCAUCUUCGGCGAGUCAGCAGGAGCCAUAAGUGUGUCCAGCCUUAUUCUGUCCCCGCUGGCCCGGGACUUGUUCCACAAAGCCAUCAUGGAGAGCGGGGCGGCCAUCCUCCCUUACCUGAAGGCCCCCGCUAAGGAGAGGGAGAGAGAUUUGCAGGCCAUUGCAAUGAUGUGUGGUUGCAGUGCCACAGACUCCGAGGCCCUGCUGCGGUGCCUGAGGGCAAAAUCCUCCCAGGAGUUGCUGACCAUCAGCCAGGGAACCAAGUCUUUCACUCGAGUGGUUGAUGGUGUUUUCUUUCCUGAUGAGCCUCUAGAACUAUUGAAUCAAAAAACAUUUAAUCCAGUUCCUUCUAUCAUUGGAGUCAAUAACCACGAGUGUGGCUUCCUGCUGCCCAUGAAGGAGUUUCCUGAGAUCCUCAGGGGCUCCAACAAGUCCCUCGCCCUGCACCUGUUGCACACAAUCCUGCACAUUCCCAUCCAGUAUCUACACUUCGUGGCUAAUGAAUACUUCCAUGGCGAGCAAUCUCUGUUUGAAAUUCGAGACAGUUUUCUGGACUUGCUUGGAGAUGUAUUCUUUGUGGUUCCCGGGGUGGUCACUGCUCGAUGUCACAGAGAUGCUGGCGCCCCUGUUUACUUCUAUGAGUUUCAGCACCGGCCCGACUGCUUCAAGGACACGAAACCGGCUUUCGUCAAAGCCGAUCACUCUGAUGAAAUCCGCUUCGUUUUCGGAGGUGCCUUCCUGAAGGGUGAUGUCAUAUUUGAAGGCGCCACGGAGGAGGAGAAGCUGCUGAGCAGGAAGAUGAUGAAAUACUGGGCCAACUUCGCGCGGACCGGGGACCCUAACGGGGAGGGCCUGCCUCUGUGGCCGGCCUACGAUGCGAAGGAGCGGUACCUGCGGCUGGACUUGAACCUGAGCGUGGGACAGAGCCUGAGAGCGCCGGAGGUGGCGUUCUGGGCGGAGACCCUGCCCCUGCUAAUGUCCACUUCCGAAGGGUGCGCCGGCCCCCUUUCCUCCUUGGCGCUCCUGUCUGCGCUCCUGCCUUUCCUUUGCUCUUGCGCUCAUUGAGAGGUUCUCUUUGCGUGAAUUUGGUUUUCCUUCCACUGCGGUUUCUCUCACCAUCAUCGGCUUCUUUCUGUGAUUAGCUGCUUUAUGGAAUCAGCUGC